AUGCUGAUCGCAUGGCCUUGUGCUGGCGACGGUUCAUUCGAUUUUCUGCCCUAUCAGGUUAAGAUUGGUUCGAUUCCGGAGAGGGAGCCUGAGAAACGGCUACCACAUCCAAGGAAGGCAGCAGGCGCGCAAAUUACCCAAUCCCAAUUCGGGGAGGAUCUAUUGGAGGGCAAGUCUGGUGCCAGCAGCCGCGGUAAUUCCAGCUCCAAGAGCUUCGCUUUAGUCAUGGCUCUCACGUUUGGUACUGUCUGGUUGGCUUCGGUCGAGACCAUUGUAAUGAUGAAUAGGAACGGUUGGGGGGAUUUGUAUUUGGUCGCUAGAGGUGAAAUUCUUGGAUUGACCGAAGACAAACUACUGCGAAGGCAUUUCACCCAGGACGUUUUCAUUGAUCAGGGUCGAAAGUUAGGGGAUCGAAGACGAUUAGAUACCGUCGUAGUCUUAACAGCAAACUAUGCCGACUAG